AUGCUGCAGGAAGUGCUCGAGUUCCUCCGCUUGAGCCACACGGAGGAAUGCGACGGCGAGCUGCUCACCCCGUUCUGCGACCCGUAUGAGUUCUACAUGGCACUGAGUGUAGUCGUCGGGACGAUAUGCAUCGCGGGGAUGAUGGCCGGUCUUACGAUGGGCCUGCUCAGUCUUGACAAACUCAACCUCCAGAUCUUGCAGCUUGAAGGAUCUGACGUUGAGAAAGAACGUGCGAGUCGCGUGCUGCCGCUCAUUCAGCGGCAUCAUCGACUACUCGUGACGUUGCUUCUCUUCAACGCGGCCGCAAACGAGGCAUUGCCAGUCUUUCUUGCCCGCCUCGUCCCCGAGACCCAAGCCAUUGUAAUUUCUGUCACGUCGGUCCUGUUGUUUGGAGAAAUCCUUCCGUCGGCCGUGUUCACAGGAAAGAGCCAACUCGCGAUUGCAGCGGGAUUUGUUCCGUUUGUCGAGCUCCUGAUGGCGCUCGCGUUCCCCCUCGCGUACCCCAUCUCCAAGAUGCUCGACUGGUGUGUCGGCGAGGACCACGACGUGACUCGGUACAAGCGUAAGGAACUCAAAGCACUAGUUGCGCUGCAGAAGGAAGCACGUCCGUUGCCAUCGCGUGGCUCGAUGCUGUCAUUCUCCCCGUCCAAAAACGCAAUGAAGGCGCGGCGGUCGGCAGCAAUCUACAGCGCCGUCGCCGACCCAGGCAUGAACCACGACAGCGACCCCGACGAAGGGCACCAACCUCACGCCACCCACUUACACACGGACGAAGUCACAAUCAUCCACGGCGCGUUGGACCUUACGGCCAAAACCGUGCGCGACGUGAUGGUGCCGUGGUCCGAAGUGUUUAUGCUGGACGAAGACUGCCGACUGACCAAGGACUGCUUGGCGCACAUUCUCUCCUCCGGCCAUUCACGCAUUCCAGUGUACAGGCACCAUCGCGUCAAUGUCGUCGGACUGCUGUUGGUGAAGCGAUUGAUUGUACUCGAUCCGUCCGAUGCGCGACCCAUUCGAGAGCUCAUGCUGAAGAAGCCGAUCGUUGUGUCACCGGACUUUAGCUGCUACGCUGUCCUGAACGAGUUUCAAAAGGGACGGAGUCACAUGGCGCUGAUCACGCCCCAAGUGGGGUACGUGCAGCACUGCUGGGUUACCGGCGUGCAGCUCGACGGGUCGGACGUCGACUUUGUCGGCAUCGUCACGAUCGAAGACGUGGUUGAAGAGCUCAUUCAGGAGGAAAUCCAAGAUGAAACGGACCGAUACCGAGUCGAUGCCAAUGCCCGGCGGUUCGCGGCCCAGACUCGAGGACUCCGCAAGUGCGCGACCAGACUCAGCGCAUGGGCAUCGCGCGCCCGACGACGCGUGCAGUUACGUCGCGCCAAAAGUGUCAAGCGCAUGUCCAUCACACCCCGCGUCCCCAUGCUCAAGCGGCAUUCCGUCGACCACGUCGUUGCCGGCGGCGAAGUCCACAGUGUGAGUGUACCAAGCCCCACGUGGGCAAUCACGAUCCCAACCGAGGCAUCCCCGCUCUUGUCCAGGAAGCCGCCCAAGUAGUGUACUCUAGUAACGUUUCGCGACAAGGAUUCUCACAUGACAUGAACAG